GUCUGCCAACAUAGUUAUUUGUAUUUUAUUUUUACCCUUCAAUACAUAUCUUGCUCGUUUAUUUAAAGAAAAAAUUUCAAAAUUCUCGCAAAGUCUCACACUUCGGUACUCGGCCUUUAAAGUUGAAUUAUACCAAUAAUAUGAAGAUAUUGUUAACAAAUAAAAUUUUUUUAUUGUUGAAUGUAUAUUUGAUUAAGCUUUUUCAAACUAAACCAAACCCAUAAGACACUUUUUCGACUUCAGAUAGUUCACUUUUUUCUAUCUGGACAAUUAUGUUUCCGAAACAAAAUUGUCUUUUCCUAAAUAAUGUCAAGUUUUUAUAAUUAUCCUGCAAGAUCUUUCUAAUUGAACAAAACAUAACUUUGCCCGCACUUUCACAGUCCAUUGAAAAUCUAGAUUUUCAAAUAAUAAUAAUCAGUCAGCUUUCCUUUUUCACCCGGGGGCCAAAUGAUAAUUUCGCUUUUCGACAUCCGUCUGUUUGAUACAAUAACCUGCACGGGGGCGUUCAUCUUGUCACUUCCAAGCGCGUCAAUGAUUUGAAUAUUCAAUCUUUCUAGCGCUUUCCUAGAAGCAAUCAAGACAGCAUCGCAACAUCAUCAUUCCAAUCCAAUUUCAAUUUCGCCAAUUCAAAACCAUCAUAAUUUCUUCGUUUGGUGUUCUUCUGUUUGUGAAUCUACAUAUUUUCUUUUUAUUGUAAAUCAUUCUGCCUUUCAUAUUCAUUUCGAAUGCAACAUGUACAAUCGCUCUUUUCGUGUUCCAAAACGAUUGGAACCCGUCUCCAUACCAAUGUUUGGUUCAGAACGGCUGCCGAGUUCACGGUCAGAACGAUGUUUGCCACGAAUUACUACGGCUUUUGUAUCUGAUUGUACAGAUAUGCAGUGCCUAUCUCCAAAUCGAGAAAAACACAACGCCAAUCCGCGCCUUGUUCGGGGCAGGAUUGUAUACAAGUCAAAACGCUCUCUUCACAGAGUGGACGCCAGCAAUACACCAAGCAGAGAUAGCAGUCUGUAUGCACAACCUCCGGCUCGACGACAUUUAAGCCAACCGGCUCGAGAAGGAAGUCUUAGGGCCUGCCGUUCACACGAAUCAUUGCUCAGUUCGGCACAUUCAACACAUAUGAUUGAAUUGAACGAAGAUAACCGCCUGCAUCCAGUACAUCCUUCAAUCUUUGAAGUUCCAAAUUGUUUUCGACUGGCUAGCACCUACUAUUCCUGUCGGACUCCACUGGAACGAGCAAAGUGGAUGGAGAACCUGCGCAAAACCAUGAAUCCACGUAGGGAUCAGCAGAGACGUACUGAAAACAGCAUGCUAAUAUGGAUACUUGAAGCAAAGGGACUACCAGCCAAGAGGAAGUACUAUUGCGAAAUGACACUGGACAAGACGCUGUAUGCCAAGACUUCAUCCAAAGCGCGAACGGAUAAUGUAUUUUGGGGCGAGAACUUUGAGUUCAUGAUGCUCCCAAAAAUCGAUGAAGUGUGCGUGAGCUUGUUCCGAGAAUCUGAUUCAAAGAAAAAGAAGGACACUCUCAUCGGAUACGUUACCAUUGGAAUCGACCAACUGUCUAGCAGAAGUCCAGUAGAGCGAUGGUAUACAGUCAACACAUCUCAUAGUGACUCUGGGACAAGCAGAAUUGCAUCCGCACUAGGUGGGAAGAGCAGCUCCCAGGAAUCCCCAUCGCUUAGAAUCAAAGCCCGUUGGCAGUCGGUGCACAUCCUCCCACUUCGAGCCUACGACAACCUUCUGGAAACACUUUGCUAUAACUAUUUGCCGCUUUGCGAGCAAUUGGAGCCAGUGCUCAAUGUCAGAGACAAGGAGGACUUGGCGACAUCGUUGGUUCGUGUUAUGUACAAACACAACCUCGCAAAGGAGUUCCUGUGUGAUUUGAUCAUGAAGGAGGUCGAGAAGCUCGACAAUGAUCAUUUAAUGUUCAGAGGAAACACACUGGCCACAAAGGCUAUGGAGUCGUUUAUGAAACUUGUCGCCGACGAUUAUCUAGACUCAACACUCAGUGAUUUUAUUAAAACAGUGUUACAAUGUGAGGAUUCAUGCGAAGUAGAUCCACAGAAAUUGGGUAAUGUGUCAAACUCAUCCCUCGAGAAGAAUCGUGCCCUUUUGAUGCGAUAUGUUGAAGUGGCUUGGACGAAAAUUUUGAACAACGUUCACCAGCUACCAAAAAACCUCCGAGACGUAUUUUCGGCUCUUCGUUGCCGACUUGAAGCCCAGAAUCGUGAAGCUUUGGCAGAUACUUUGAUCUCCUCAUCAAUCUUCCUUCGAUUCUUAUGUCCUGCAAUUUUGAGCCCAAGCCUUUUCAAUCUUGUUUCCGAGUACCCAUCACCAACGAACGCGCGCAACUUGACUCUGAUUGCCAAGACGCUGCAGAACCUUGCGAAUUUCAGCAAGUUUGGAGGAAAAGAGCCUCACAUGGAGUUUAUGAACGAGUUUGUCGACCGAGAGUGGCAUAGGAUGAAAGAUUUCUUGUUGAGAAUUUCUUCAGAGUCAAAGUCGGGACCAGAAAAAAAUGCGGAUGCAAUUGUGGACGCCGGCAAAGAGCUUAGCUUAAUCGCUACUUAUCUUGAAGAAGCCUGGACUCCACUUCUCCAAGAGAAAAAUGGAAAUAAGCAUCCACUCUCAAAUGUCAAGUCGGUUUUAUCCGAAUUGGCAGAAUGCAAGAGACGCUCGGAUAAUGGCGUCUUUCACUCUCCAAUGGUUCAACAGCCGUCUUCAGAUUAUGAGAAUAGUCCACAGCAACACGUUGUUCCUCGACAUGAGAAUGUACCGGCAUAUCGCAGUACUCCGCCAACUGGCCAAGCCACGGUAUUGGGCCGUUCUACAAACCGCCCUGCAACUCAUUUGCUCACAUCGGACGAUUACGUCCUCUCUUCUGCAUUUCAAACUCCAAGUCUUCGCCCUGGAGGCACUCGGUUAAGCGAUGAAACUGGCACGUCUUCGAGUCGCACCAGUGACAAGACAACCAGCAGCGCUGAGAUUCGAGACGACACUGAUUCGGAUUUCGAGUUACGAGAGGAUCGAGGACGUGGAGGAAGAAACCGUAAGAGGCUACCACGUACUGAUGCAUCACCAUCGAGCAGUCAACAAGCUUCAAGUGGAUAUUUAAGUAAUAAUCCUUCGAGAUCCAGCUACUCAAACUCUUCGAGUUCAUCUCCAGUUGAACGAAUGGCCGCUCUAUCAAUUGCUAACCCAGUCUUUGGACCAGGCCCAUCAUCUGGAUAUGCUAUACCUGCAGAGCCAAAGGAAAUCGUAUACCAAAAGCGAGCAAGCCCACCACCAUACGAUCCCGAUGUGCACAACUAUCAUUAUCAACCGAUGCAGGUCUACGCUGUUCCACCAGAUUGUCAGGUGUCCCCAAGAACGCAGGCAACAGGCGGUGUCAAUGCUCAGAAUCGGUUAAGUCUGCCACGGACUAAUCCACGAGCUUCGAGGAAUUCAACACUUUUGCGUCCGAGUGUCGUAAAUGUUCCGGAUGACUGGGAUAGAACAAGUGAUUACUGGAGGGACCGAGGCGAGAACAACUACCGGAGUCAACUGGAAAGCCAAGUGGAAAGUCAAGCUCGAGAAAUUGAACGCUUGAUGAGAGAGAACAUUGAGCUGAAGAGUAAAAUGAUGUCUUCAACAAAAACUGUGGAUUCCAAGCGAUCUGACAGUGGUGCUAGUGAGGAUUCCUACGAUUCUUUGAGUUCACUCGAUCGUCCAUCAAGACAAUCGCUUGUGGUAGUUCCAAACUAAUCAAUAUCAAAUAUUAUCCUACAGUUAUUAGUCUUAUUAUUAUUUUACCUAUUUAUUUUUAUCGAUCUAUUGGUUCUUCUUGUCUUAAUGUAACUAAUGAUGUUCCCAAAGAAAUAAAAGUACAUAUACUGUCUUCCCCUGCACUCCCGUUGGUCUCUUCAUUUGCCUGCCGCCAACCUUUCGAUUCAGUACACAUCCCUUAUCUAAAGGCUUUUCAUGCAUAUUUUGAAUAUCUAAAGUUCUCCUGCUCACCUGUCAUUUUUUGUAGUUUAGAGGGUUUUUGAUUGUGAUUUUUUAAUUUUCAAUAUAUGUCUUCUUCCCUCCACUACCCAUCUUCCGAUGUACAACAACGUAAACUUUGUCGCACUGCUUGUUUUUUAGCUCCAUACACUGGAGAUAUGAAAACUACCCGGUAGCGGUGUUGUUAGCCAACCUCUUUGAUGCUUUACACAUUUAAUUGUUAAAUAUGUGAGAAUCUUUUAUCUAUUGAACACACAUUUAUUAUUGGCAUAAUAUAACCGCGAAUAUGAAACAAUAAAAUAAUUUU